AUGGCUAAAGGUAAAGUGACCAAAGCCACAAAGUCUUCGACUCGUCCUAUAUUCGCCGAGGAUGUGCUAACACAAACUGACCCAUCUUCAAUUGUGGAUCUUAUCAAUCAAUACGUCCACACAAAUGCAGAUGUUAUACACGCGAAAUAUAGGGAAUUCGCCGAGGAGCAGAUGGCGGCAGAUCACAAAUUGAUCCAGGAGCUACAAGAAGAAAAUGCUAGACUAACGGAGGAGUUGGAGAGCAGGUCUCAAUUCAGCUCCCCAGUUAAGAAGCAAGGCAACGAGGAUGUUUUUUACUCGUUGGAUAUUCUUGAGAUAAUGAGUGGGUUGAAAGUCACCGACUUUAGUGACAACGAAAAGGAAUUGGUUUACGAGAUGAAAUCUUCGGGCAAGGAGUUGGAAAUCCAUUAUAAGCUAAUACUUGCGAAAGACGGAUCGGAGGUUACUUACAUUCCCAUAUUUGAUGGCAAUGAGGAGGCAAUGAAGUUGUUACCGGAAUACUUUUUGGACAGCUUUUCGUUUGAUUUCAGGAAUUUACCAUUAUUCUAUAACAAGAGGUUUGAUUUUUCAGUUACAAGCAGGGCAAGUGGUGAAGAGUUUGAUGAAGUCUUUGGUGAUGACUUGGGUGACUCUGGUUUCCUUGCCGGCUCUGUUGCUGGAUCCAUCUACCUUCAAAAAUUCACCAGCGUCAAAUGGGAGAAAUACGAUCAAAAGUACCAGCAACUAGGAGAGGAAGAGAUGUUGAACUUGAUUGAGAACAAAAGAAAGGUCAACAAAAAGGAUGACUAUUACAGACUUCUGGGAUUGCUCACGGAUCAUUUGGACAAGGUAGAAGACGAUUAUGAGAUCAAACGAGUUCAUAGGAAAAAGGAAGAUGAGCCAGUGUGGUGGAGCAAGUAA